AUGAAGAUUGUCCGUUGUUGGUUGGAAAAAUUAUUUCUUUGUUAUUUUGAAUAUGUAGAAUUUUUCCGAUAUUUUUUCAAUCCAGAAAUGAUUAAAAUUCUUUUUGACAACGAAAAAUAUAUUCCAACUCAAUUUCGAGGAGUACAUUGUGUUUCAUGGAUUACUAACCAUAAUAUCAACAAUUCUGUAAAAUUUCAUUUGGAUCAUUUAAUUACUAAGUACUUUGAUAUAAGCUUCGAAGAACUCGGCAAAAAACAAAAAUGCAACAAGCAUUUACUAGAAUUGUUAAUUAAUGGAGGCAAAAAUAUUCCUAAUGUUAGAAUUAGUACAGAAAAGCAAACAUUGCUUGAUUUGAUCAUAAAGCAUAUUAAAACAGAGGAUUGUUCAAAUUUUAUUUCGAAUAUUAAAAUCGUUGACAGUAAAAGUUUAAAUGGACAACAUACACCAAUUAAAGGAAAACCUAUUUAUAUUAUCAGAAAUACUUUUAAUCCAGAAAUUAUAUUCAGAAUUUAUUGUGAGAAGACUUGGGGGAAUAUUUUAGUCUAUACAAUAAAGGUUGGCGAUGAGGAUUAACAAGAUGAUGAUGAAAGGGAUGAGGGUGAAGAAGUAGAGGAGAGAGAUUGGAUUUUUGAACAUGUUU